AACAGAAAUCAUUUGUUUCAUUUACAGUUAUUUUUAAUUUUUAUGAAAAUAGCAAUAAAUAUUUUUUCCAUAAUUGAAAUAUAAGUUACUUAUUAUUUUAAUGGAUUUGACUUAAGAAUCACGGAUUUUUGUUUUAAUAUCUAGAUAUAUCAAGAAUAAGAUGGUUAGCUGUGCAAUCUCUAAUUGUAAAAACAGUUCUGCGAAAAUAUCGAAAAAUAAGGACGGAAUCACAUUCCAUAGAUUCCCGAGAGACAAAGAGAGACGCCAACAAUGGGAAGUGGCAGUCAACAGAGAGCAGGAAUGGUCAUCUACCACAUCUAGUGCAGUUUGUUCGGAACAUUUUGAAGCUAACGAUUUCUACUUGACUGAGAGUGGUUUGCGUAGACUCACAGUAGAUGCUGUGCCUUCUAUAAAUAUUUCUCCCUGCCAGGAACCUGAACCCACAAUAUCAAAACUACAACCUGUAGACAUCACACCAACAGACACAGAGGAAAUCAUAGAAUUAAAAUACAAAGUGCGAAGAUUAGAAAUGAUAGCCGAAAGUCGGAAGCGCCGGUUGAACCUCAUGUGGCAACGGAAAAGGAGGCUCCGGAAGAAAGUUGAACGCAUGAAAUGUUUGAUCAAACAUUUGAUCAAGAAUAAAAGAGUCAUGGAAAAAAGCUGAGGAGACUACGGCCAAUAGAAUACCUUUUAAAAUACUAUAUGUCAUUGAAAUCUUUAAGAAACGU